AUGUCUUCCGGUGAAGCAACCGUCAUCUCCAACACGGAGAAUCUCAUGAAGUACAUGUCCCUCGACCAGCGAGGUACCGUCCAGGCUGAGUACAUCUGGAUUGACGCUGUCGGUGGCUGCCGUAGCAAGACCAAGACUCUUUCCAAGCCUGUCACAUCGGUCGAUGAGCUCCCCGAAUGGAACUUUGACGGUUCAUCAACGGGUCAGGCCCCCGGUGACAACUCCGAUGUCUACCUGCGCCCCGUCGCUAUCUUCCCCGAUCCCUUCCGCCGUGGUGACAACAUCCUCGUCCUCUGUGAGACCUGGGACUCCGAUGGAACCCCCAACAAGUACAACCACCGCCACGAGGCCAACCGUCUGAUGGAGAUCCACGCCAAGGAAGAAUGGUGGUUCGGUCUGGAGCAAGAAUACACCCUCCUCGGCACUGAUGGCUGGCCUUACGGAUGGCCCCGUGGUGGUUUCCCCGGUGCCCAGGGUCCUUACUACUGUGGUGUUGGUACCGGCAAGGUCUACUGCCGUGACAUCGUCGAGGCUCACUACCGUGCUUGCUUGUACGCCGGUAUCAAGAUCUCCGGUAUCAACGCUGAGGUCAUGCCUUCCCAGUGGGAGUACCAGGUCGGUCCUUGCGACGGCAUUGAGAUGGGUGACCACCUGUGGAUGUCCCGUUUCCUCCUCCACCGUGUCGCUGAAGAGUUUGGUGUCAAGAUCUCCUUCGACCCCAAGCCCAUUAAGGGUGACUGGAACGGAGCCGGUCUCCACACCAACGUCUCUUCCGCUUCGAUGCGUGCUGAGGGUGGUAUGAAGGUCAUUGAGGCCGCCAUGAAGAAGCUCGAAGCCCGCCAUGUUGAGCACAUUGCCGUCUAUGGUGAGGGUAACGAGGAGCGUCUCACUGGUCGCCAUGAGACCGGUAACAUCGACAAGUUCAGCUAUGGUGUUGCCGACCGUGGUGGCUCCAUCCGUAUUCCCCGCCAGGUCGCCAAGGAUGGCAAGGGUUACUUCGAGGACCGUCGUCCCGCCAGUAACGCCUGCCCCUACCAGAUCACCGGUAUUAUCGUUGAGACACUCAUGGGUGGCAACUAA